UAUAGAAACUGGCACUGUGAUCAGACACUUUUUCAAUAGUCUUAUCUCUUCCCAACUGAACAAACAAUGCCAUUCUAUCCUAUCACAUCCAUAAAUUUCCCAUCCUCAUAAAUCUCCUCAAGCGCUUAUUUCGUUUCGUUUCUUCAUACCAAAUUUUAUUUUGCUUCCAAAUUAUUUAACUUGUUUGAUCAGCUUUUAUUCGCACUAUCGCAGCGCAUUGGUAAAAAAAAUGCUCUGCUCUUCCCCCAAAGGGGUCAUCAAAAAUUAAAGCUGUUUACCUUCUUUGUCUUUCGUCAAACAAAGUAUCAAAAAAGUCAGUUUUUGUUAUUUUGUGCGCCAGUUGUUUGUAUUGGGACCUGUCAUUCAAACUGCGCAAGAGGUUUUUUGCCAACAGCGGAAUCGCUUUAGAAGACCAUCUCCGCCGCUGAUUGAGUACUGCUGUCCUUCAAACAACCUCUGGUCAGUUUUACACACUUUUACACAGCUCUGAUUACUCAUCUGGGUUGCAUCAAACUACAUAUUGAGAGGCAAACGGAUUUCUUCUAAAUGGAUCAAGCCAAACUAAUACGUAAUGUGUCUCGAAGAUGUGUCUCAACACUUAGCCCUGUUCUAAUUCUUAUCGCAAACUCGGUCAGUCAAUCAUACCUCCAAAAUUACUCCAAAACAGCUUCUUGGAGAGUUCAAAUCAACUGUUGUGCUGACUUGUUUUCAGAUUAAUUCUGCUUUAAUCCGCUCGUGUUUUCUGUUAUUCUGAAUUACUAGCGAUACUAAAUCUGUCACUAGAAAGCACAACUACAUUUUACACUGGUUUGAAAACUUUGUUUUAAUUUAGUUUCAGUUUGGGUCUAUAUUUAAGCGCUGGUCAUUCAUAAAAACUAGUUCAAAUAAGCCGGACUUUAGUUUAAACAGAGUUUUAACCCACCGGAGAACUUAACUCCAAACAAUUUGCCAAUCCAUCGAAGUUAGUUUUACGGUUUAACAGCCAAAAACUGGUGGAAACUUUGCAACAACAGGAUUAACAAGAAUAAAUUGUAACUAUUAAGACGCUCUUUUGCCCAACAACCUGAAAGAAUUUAAGAUAAUAUUACGUUUGACUCAGUGACCGUUGUAUUUAAUUGUGGGCAUAUUGUUAUUAUUCCAUUACUUCUGGAGUUUCUUUUCCUUCCGCAGUACCUUAAAUUUCUCACACUUUCUUUCAGUAAGCAUUCAAAAACAUCGAGCAACCAUCGCCCUUGGUUGUCACUUGUUGACAGCUACUGAAGUUACUUUUGUUAUCCUCCCUUGAACCCAUUCACAAGUCUCUAUCGCAACCGUUGGCCAGAUCUGCUCAAGUCUAAAUCUAUCAUCUAUGCGUCUGGUUAUAACUGAACGACAUACUCUCCCAUCACAACCAUCCAAUCCCACCUCCAACGUUACAGUUCCUUAAAAAAUCUAGGAGCGUUUUCCUAGUUACACACAGUCCAAAAUUCACACCGUCCAAAAUUUACUCAUUAAUCAAAAUUUUUAAAUAUCAAUAAACACUUCACACUUAUUGCUUCUACUAAUAAAAUUUUCUUUUGAAUUAUUUUUCAAAUUUUUGAUAAUUAUUCGAUAAAACUUAAUUGCUUCCAAAAAUUGCUAAUUAGUUGCAUAUUCAAUUUAUCCUGUCGUCGCAAUGUCGGAAUCCAAAGACACUGGUGGCGAUGUAGACAAAGAAAAGCAGUCCAGCGAAAGUCAAGGAGGUGAGAGGGAGUCAUGGGGAGGAAAACUCGACUUCAUCCUGUCGUGCGUCGGCUAUGCUGUCGGCCUCGGCAACGUUUGGCGAUUUCCCUAUCUUUGUUACAAAAACGGCGGCGGAGCAUUCCUCAUUCCCUAUGGAAUCUCAGUUAUCUUUAUGGGCAUCCCGCUUUUUAUGCUCGAGGUAUCAGUAGGUCAGUUCAUGUCCAUAGGAGGCUUAGGAGUUUGGAAAUUAUGUCCGAUCUUCAAAGGCGUAGGAUGGGCGGCGGCAAUCGUAGCGUGCUGGUUGAAUGUUUAUUAUAUAGUAGUGAUAGCUUGGGCCCUUUACUAUCUAUUUAACUCUUUCACAACUAAUCUCCCUUGGGCUAGAUGUGACAACGAAUGGAAUGACGAAAACUGUAUCACUGGAAAAGAAACAGCAGCUAUCAUGCGAAACCAGUCGUCGGCGAACAAAUCAUUAAACUUAGUUCCCGCAGUUCAGCAAUACUGGUAUCGGAAAGUCUUGGAUGAGAGCUCUGGAAUUGAUGAGCCCGGAAUCUUAAGAUGGGAACUUGCCAUCACGUUGUUCAUUGCUUGGCUUCUUUGCUACUUCUGUAUUUGGAAAGGAGUAAAACAAACCGGAAAAGUGGUUUACUUCACAGCUCUGUUUCCAUACGUAGUUCUCACAGUUCUUCUAGUCCGAGGCUUAACGUUAGAUGGCGCUCUCGACGGUCUGGAGUUCUUCCUGAAACCAAACAUGACCAAACUCCUGGAACCCAACGUAUGGAUGGAUGCCGGAUCCCAAGUCUUCUUCUCGUACGGUGUGGCUCUUGGAUCUCUGAUUGCUCUCGGAAGUUACAAUCACUACAACAACAACUGCUAUAGAGACGCAAUGAUUGUCGGUUGCAUCAACUCAUGCACGAGUCUAUUCGCGGGAUGUGUGAUUUUCUCAAAUCUUGGAUACAUGGCCUGGUAUCAGGGGAAGAACGUCUCCGAUGUCGCUCAAGAAGGUCCUGGACUCUUGUUUCAAGUAUACCCGGAAGCCGUAACUCUAAUGCCGCUUUCACAAGUAUGGUCGGUCAUGUUUUUCUUUAUGGUCUUGCUUCUGGGGUUGGACAGUCAGUUUUGCACGGUCGAGGGUUUCAUUACAGCUAUGGUAGACGAGUACCCCAGGUACCUUCGUAAGUACCGACCUCUAUUCAUAGGCUUAGUAUGUCUGCUGUCCUAUGUCGUCGGAACUAGUUGUAUCUCACAAGGAGGUAUUUAUAUGUUCACACUCCUCGAUACAUAUUCGGCCAGUGGUUACAGUCUGCUAUGGCUUGCGUUCUUCGAGACUGUCUCGAUUUCAUGGGUUUUCGGAGCAAACAAUUUCAUCUCAUGUCUCGAACAUAUGAUAGGUUACCGUCCUCACAUCUGGUGGAAAAUAUGCUGGUUCGGCCUGACCCCUGCUAUGAUUGGCUGUAUCUUUAUUUUCACUCUUCUGAAGUACGCAUCACCGAAAUAUGGCGACACUUACAAGUACCCAGGAUGGGCUGAAAUCAUGGGCUGGUGUAUGGCUCUUUCCAGUAUGAUGGUCAUACCGCUCUACGCGUUUUUCAAGACUCUUUUUGCGCCCGGGAAUUCCCUCCGGGAGAAACUGCGCCACGUAACUACUCCAACUCCCGAGAUCCAGGCGAGACUCAAUGAAAUUUUGAACGGAGCUGUUCCAUCUGAUGCUGCGAAUGGAAUGAGUUCAGAUUCUACUCCCAAAGCAGGUCAUGCAGAAACAGCAGCUUAGAAAUUUACACAAAAAAAUUAGAAAAUAAUUCAUAGUCCUUUUCCUAAACGCUGAAAGAACAGUGACACUUCAUCGGUCACGAUCUGUACGCACCUUCAAAUAUUCAGUGCAAAUUAAACGUUUUAUAGUUGAUUUAGUUAUGAUACAUCUGACUUUACAGACAGAAAAUCUUGCAUUUCGUUUGAGCUAUUUCUAUUCUGCUUACUUUUAGUUCUUUGUGGUUUACAAAAAACUUACUCCAGCAAACUUUCGACCGCACCUGCUCUAACCCAAAACAACCAUUGUAGUGCUGUUUCUAAUCAUUUAUUUCGAUUAUUAUGAUGAAUACUUAUAACGAUAUGAUUGAUUAUUAUAAUGACUCCCUCCAAUCCGUUCUACCCCGUUUUUGUCAAAGUGAUUAGAUUUCAUUUGAUGAAACUUAUUCCAUCCACACAACUCCAUCCCCUCAUCGCAAAGACUAUUAUAAAAUUUGAAUCUGCAAUUUCGCAAUUAAUUUUCCACUAAUGACAAGAUGCUGCCCUUUCAUUUAGAUUAUUGAAAUUGCUGGCGAGUUGAAAUAAUUUUUAUAACAAAAUGGUUUGUAUUUAGAUACCGACAAAAUUAUUACAUAUACGCCUCACUGGUGGUCAAAAAACUUAAGCCAUUUCCAGCGCCAUUGGUUUAAAUUUUUAAAUUAUGGAACCUAAAUUUUAUUAUUAUGGAACCUAGAUUAUGCAAUCUUUGGAACCGUUUGUUUAAAAUAAUCAAGUUUGAGUUUUUGUAUCAGUAGCUGUAUUAUCUACUUGAUUUAGUUAGAGCAAGAAAUUUCGAAAAAUGUUUGAAAAGCCACAUGAUGAUUUCAUUUUUUAUUAGUAUCGCAACUAUUUAUCGAUAUUUUGUAUUUCAAAGCCAUUGUAAUAUAUCCAAUUUGCUAUCACUCAUUUUGUAUACGUGUUAUAUUUCUUUUUUUUAUUAAAUAGUUUUUCUUCUGACCAUUAUUCACGAAUCCUAUGAGAAGCUAUAUUCAUAACAGAUGAACGGCUCACAGAUGAACAUCUACUUAUGUACAAACGUAAUGACCACUUUUU